UGUAUAGGCAGAUAGGGGUUGGGAAUUUUAAUAUAAAAACUUGAUUUUUCGGAAUGCGCGUUUAAAAUUGUCUGCUAUCGAUUUUGUGGUCAAUGCAUUACAAAAGUGACGGGACGAUAAUAAUAAAAAUACAUAUGUACGUACAUUAUGUAUGUCCACACGCUCGAUUUUCUAUGGUUUAAAAUUAGAUUAUAAUUAGCAAGCAACGAUUGCGUGUGUUUUUGGAGAGGAUAUUCCCCCGUAUACAAAAGUUAGAAGACAUACAUACAUUCAUACAUAGAAAUUAUUACAUUAACCGCAGGGUCAUCUCCUUUUACCCGAAAUGCUUGCAUCUAUAGUGGCACGCAGAUCCACUAUGUCAGCGGAAGCAACAAAUGGUGGUAGUUCAUCACCCGCCCCCGCAGAGCCACCAGUUGCCGAGAUCGCACAAUUGGCUUUGGAAGAUGAACCAAAAGUCAGUUUUCAAGAUCAAUUCAAAGCCUUCUCCAAAUUUGGUGAUACAAAAUCAGAUGGCAAAUUGAUUACAUUAUCGCAGAGUGAUAAGUGGAUGAAGCAAGCUAAGGUGAUCGACAAGAAGAUCACCACCACUGAUACGGGCAUACAUUUUAAGAAAUUCAAAGCGAUGAAAAUCUCUUAUACAGAUUAUAAUAAAUUCCUUGAUGAAUUGGCGAAGGCGAAAAAAGUUGAAUUAAGCGAUAUAAAAAAGAAAAUGGCCGGUUGCGGAGCACCUGGUGUUGUGCAAGUAUCGGCCGGCAAAGCAGCAUCGGCUGUUAACCGUCUCACGGACCCCAGCAAGUAUACUGGAUCUCAUAAGGAACGUUUCGAUGCUACAGGCAAGGGCAAAGGUAUUGCUGGUCGCAAGGAUUUAGUAGACGCAUCUGGCUACGUAUCCGGUUAUCAGCACAAGGAUACAUACGAUCAAGCACAUUAGAGGCAAAAAAAAAUAUUGACAUUAAGCUUGAUAUAACCAAAUUUAUAAUAUAAAAAAAAACAUAUACUUAUUUAAAUUAAAAAAAUCACGAUAAUGCACAAAAAAGUAAAAUUUAGCCUUUACAUAAAUA